AUGUCUCGCCUUGGCGGCGGUUCUCUGUUGCUGGCCUGGCAACUGAAAGAAAAACAUGUGCUCAUCGUUGGCGGUGGUGACGUCGCUUCUGGUCGUGUCGAAUCUGUGCUAGCCGCUGACGCUCGCGUGACACUUAUCAGUCCAAGCGACGGACUGCACACUCUUACCAAGUCUUUCCUCAAUGGACCGUACAAUAUCACGUACCAUGACCGCCUUUUUGGAGGUGCAGAAGACCUGGCUGGCGUUGAUCUUGUAUUAACGGCAAUUGAUGAUGUGGCGCAGUCUCGUAUCAUCUGUGGCCUAUGCAGGGAGCUCAAGAUUCCCGUUAACGUGGCUGAUAUCCCGGAGUCGUGCGACUUUUAUUUUGGCUCUCAAAUCCGUGACGGCCCCCUUCAAAUUAUGAUCUCGACGAAUGGCAAUAGCCCAAAACUGGCUAAUAUCAUACGGAAGAAGGUCGAGCAAAGCCUUCCAGAGCACGCCGGAGAUGCAAUUACCAGGGUGGGUGAGCUGAGAGUCAAGUUGAAGGAGAGAGCCCCUGGUGUGGGCGGUGCAAUUGGGAAGAGACGGAUGCGGUGGAUGAUUGAUGUCUGCACUUCUUGGGAAAUGGAGGAGCUUGCUCUAUUGGACGACCAAAUGAUAAGGAAACUUCUCGAUGACGGUUGGGAGAAGAAUGCAGUUCCAUCUCCUGGCGAGCUCGGAGCUAGGUCAUCCCGUCAGGUGUAUGAUGCCAAACUGAACCUCACGGCCCCUGGCGUUUUUGUUACGACGUUGAGCUUUGUCGCGGGCGCUACUUGCGCAGGUCUUUUCUUGCUCGCCCGACGACGGUGA